AUGGACCCUGCCCAGUUCAAGUUGCUGUUGUCGUUGCUGCCCAAGGUGCCUUUGAUAACGAGGGUGGCACUGCUUCAUGUUCUGCGCUUGUCGAAGUCGUCUCAGUACCUAGAUCUGCGGAGCGAUCUCAUCAUCUCAGUGAUACGUUCAUACCUCCAGCCAGCCAAGUUGCGCUCCAUCACGUCUACACAGAAGCUCACCAACCGCGAUAGCGGCGUCAAGGGGAGAAUAUGGGUUGCCACAUACGCUAGCCCCGUACCGCCAGAAACCGACGUGCGCGAUGCCCUCAUCGGAAUUAUACAGUCAACCAGGGGCCCGGAUACGCCAGAACUCAAGCUGCGGCUGCCGGAUAUCGUGCCAGUGGAGGCCGAGUGGACGGGCUACCGUGCCGGUGCGACGGAAGAGGAGCGGCCGCCCGCGAUCGGGGAGAAGGACAAGUUUGAAAAGCUACAGAAGGAGAUCACCAGCCCCCUGACGGUGCUGUACCUUCACGGAGGAGCCUACUAUCUCUGCGACCCGGCGACUCACCGACCAGCUACGAAGAAGAUUGCCAAGUUGACCGGAGGCCGUGUAUACUCGGUCCGGUACCGCUUGGCUCCGCAGAACCCUUUCCCGUCGGCUCUAUUAGACGCUUUGGUUUCCUACUUGACUCUGCUAUACCCUCCACCCGAUGCUUACCACCAAGCGGUCGACCCGAAACACAUUGUGGUUGCCGGAGACAGUGCCGGGGGAAACCUGAGUCUAUCUCUGCUACAACUCCUCCUCGAGCUGCACAGACAAAAUCGAAAGAUCCGCUGGCUGGGCGAAGAGAGAGACAUCCCCCUACCCGCAGGACUCGCACUCAACUCACCAUGGAUGGACAUCACGCAAAGCUCGCCCAGCUGGGACGCCAACGGAGAAUUCGACUACCUCCCAACAGGCGAAGUCUACGCAAAGUACCAACCGCCCCCCUGCGACGCCUGGCCCGCGAAACCGCCCCGGACAAACAUGUACGCCGACGACGACCUCCUCGCCCACCCCCUGGUGACGCUCCUGAUGAGCCGCAGCUGGGCCGGGGCGCCUCCCGUGUACAUGUGUACCGGGUGGGAGCUGCUGGCGGACGAGGACAAGUACAUGGCGCGCAAGCUGCACCAGGACGGCGUGCCUGUCGUUUUCGAGGAGUACGAGGGGAUGCCGCACUGCUUCGCGCUGAUUCUGACAAAGAUACCCAAUGCGCAGCGGUGCUUUGAGGGGUGGACCAACUUUAUGAAGAGGGCUGUGACGAACCCGGAGACGAUCGAUUCCAGGGCGACGACGAUCAAGUCCAAGACGCUGCAGGAAGAGGUUCUCGACUUUGAGUCGUUGAGUGCCGUGAGCGCUGAGGACGUGCAGAAGAGGGUGCUCGCUAAGAAGGAGACGACAUUGGCGGCUGCGCCAGAGACUACGGCGAAACUCUAG